AUGAGAAAUUUGGAUGAAGAUUCACUCCAAUUUGAAACGUUGCGAGACUGCCUCUCAGCCGCCGUCGUAGAGCGCGUGACAAAACCAGCACCGAAAUCAAAACGCCGCUCUAAGAAGGCGAACCCUCGCCGGCAACCCAAAUCUCAUAGUGAUGAUGGCCCCUCGGCCACCACCAGCGGCGCCGCCAGUAACGGCGAUGAAAACACUCAGGUGGACGCGGACGACAUGAUCGACUUCACAUCCUACCUCGCCUCAGAAGCCUUUGACUCUUUUCCCCCGGACCUUAAAUCCCUAUCUCACGCAACCCACACAGCCGACCCGUCCCUCCUACAAUCCCGCUUCCCCCUCCCCCUCACCGGCGCCGACGUGGCAGAUCUCUUACCCACUCUAUCCCCAGACGUCGCGGACUCGCUGGCAGCCUACCACAUCGUCGACCCGGCGAAGCAAGGCGCCCACGAGUUCCUGGCGCCCGUGUUGACAGAGUACAUCUCCGCCCUCGUCGCGCCACCGCCUCCGCCGCGGUCAACGCGGGAUUCCGUGGAGGGUUGCGAGUUAUGCGGGCGAGACUGGAUCGGGUUGACGUACCAUCAUCUCAUUCCGCGCAUGGUGCACGAUAAAGUUGUCAAGCGCGGGUGGCACCGCGAGGAAGAGCUGAAUAACGUCGCGUGGCUGUGUCGGCUGUGUCAUUCUUUUCUGCAUCGGUUCGCGGGGCAUGAGGAGCUUGCGAGGCAGUAUUAUACUGUUGAGUUGUUGCUUGAGCAGGAGGAGGUUGUGAGGUUUGCGCAGUAUGCGAGUCGGGUGAGGUGGAAGGGGAAGUGA